AGUCGCGCCCGAACGCGACUCCGCCUACCUUCACGUCGCAGGAGCGCGCGCGUCACCGAUCGCGCUCGCGGCACUUUAACGGCCCAGUCUCGAUCUCGCCUCUCGCCUUGAUUUCGUCUCCUCGCUCGUGUCCGUUUUCGCGCGCGGUCCACCCAUCCGACGUCUCGUUCGCGAGUUUCGCGUUUUGCGACACGGUGAAUUACAGAGUGCUCCGGCGGAGGAGAGUCUCGGUCCGCAGGAUACACGACGCAGCAGAUUUUCUGGCUGCGCUUACCAGACACAUUCAAGAUACAUUCCCUAAUUCUCUUUGCCAACUUCCACGCUAAUGACUCACUCGAAAAUGUAAAGCGAUCCUCAAUUCGAAGCAUUUCGAUUUCGAAGUGUCAGUGAAGCAAGAUUUCGGAUUCGAAGUGAAUUUCGAUUUCGAAGUGCCAGUGAAAUAAGAUUUCGAAUAUUGGAAGUCUGACGAUCUCUCGAAGGACCGAUAUCGAGGAUCCGCCAAAGUCGUCGAAGCAAUCAUCAAAGGCGGCACUAUUGUGGAGAAUUCGUCCACCGAUCGGGAGGAGUUGCAGCAACAUUGUCGUUGUAAAUGCUGCGGUACGGACGGUCGGCGCCUUUAUGAAUUACACAUCCGCGGACAGAUCCAGGAUGGUCUCGCACAUCAUUCCGGUUUCCGGAGAGCUGCAGCAGGGAAAUGGCAAUCUGGGUACCACGGGACUCAGCGGCAUGCAGAAUUCUCCUCAUCCCCUGAAGAUCAAACAGGAGCCGUUUCAGCUGUCGCCGCCGUCGCCUCUACCGCCCCUUCAUCAAGUGAGCGGUUUCGAGCUGCAGAGCGGCUGCAUCGGGGGCAGCACGAAGGAUCUCGAAACCUCGGUGACUGGCAGCUUGGGCCGCGCUCUGACAUCGCACCACGUCUCUUUAAGCCACCACCAUCCCCAUCACAGCCUGCAACACAGCCCCAGCUCCGUCGUGGUGUCUAUGUCUCAUUCCUCUGGCAACACAACGCAUCAUCACCUGGACGACAAGGGCUCAUCGCCCGUGGGCGCUCUUCACAGCACUACUAACAGCAAUCCCCCUACACCAUCCGCACCUUCCACGCCCAACACUGCCACGGAUAACACUGUGUCGGCUGUCGCGUCCGGCACGAACAACGCCAACGGCACCAGCGGUACCUCCACCAACAGCAAACCGCCAUUCAGCUACGUUGCCUUGAUCGCCAUGGCGAUUCAGCAUAGCGCGCAGAAAAGGGCGACUCUUAGCGAGAUCUAUGGCUACAUCACGGCCAAGUUCCCGUAUUUUGAGAAGAACAAGAAGGGCUGGCAGAAUUCCAUCAGGCAUAAUCUAUCCUUGAAUGAAUGCUUCGUUAAGGUGCCGCGGGAAGGCGGCGGCGAGAGGAAGGGCAACUUUUGGACGCUCGACCCGCAGUACGAAGAUAUGUUCGAAAACGGCAAUUACCGAAGGCGAAGACGAAUGAAGCGUCCUUACAGAAAUACGCCGUACCACAAGCCACUCUUCGGCGAUCCGUUUUCCACGACUCACGUGCACUUAGGGCCGAGGAACAUUUUUGGCCAUUCACCCCCUUCGUACGCUCCCACUACUUAUACGCGAUACGACACGAGCGGAUGGAGUCUUCAGCAAUCGCAGCUCUCAUACAGCCAUUGUCAGUCGUUGCAGCCACAAUUACAGCCGAUGCAAUCCAUGCAGAUCCCAGCUAUGAACGGUUAUAGUCAAUUGGGCACUUCAUUAACGUUUCAAGGCAAUUACCUGGAUGUUCCAGGUGGUACAACCGGGUCUCCCGGUUCCAUGGGCGGCGGUUCUUUCGGUAGCAGCUUCGCCACGUGCGGUAGGAGGCACGACGCCACAAUGGCGACGGAAACGAUGCCCGGCAGAUGCUACUGGCCAGAGAUGGUGAACGUGAAGGAGGAACCCGGGAGUAACGCGGUGUCGGCCAGCGGCGUCGGCGUCCCGUCCGGUAUGAUGGGUUCCGCGGCGUCGUCGGGUGUCUCCACGACGGGCUUCGCACCUGUGGAAUUCCAAACGCGUUCCAAGUGCUUUAUGUGAACUCGCGGUAGCCAGAGUCACCGAGUCGCGGGACGAGUGUCUUCCGACGACGUCGCGACGAAGAUCUGAGACACGUGAUCCUGUGCGCGAUCGUCGCAGACGGAAUCGUCGAAUCGUCGACGUUGGAUUUCGCUGUUCGACGAACGCGUGCACGUCGCCGGACACUUGGACAGCGUAAAUCAAAGGUAUAAUAAAUAUAUCCGAUAAUUACUUAAUAAUAUUAUUGGAUGGCUGUUCGCGAAUUUAAUUUCGCGUAAGGAAGUAGCGUAAACAUUAAUGACUCGUAUAAUUGCCGUUGUCGUGGUUAACUCGAUGUUUAAAAAAAAAAGGAACCAGCGCCGUACUUACCCUUCCCUCAGCCAUAAGCACCUCCACGUCUUUACGUAGUCACCGCGAUCGCGUGAUUUGAGCAAGGUUCACUGUCGUCUCUCAUAGUAAUUACAAUUCGUCAACGGGUCGUCGAAUUUUUGCGACGACCCUUGAGGCUCCUGGCUUCUCGUCCCGGAACUCGUAAUUAACGACGCCAGAAGCGAGAAAAUAUGUGCUAGAAAUUCUUGCAAAAUACGUUGAAAUAAAAAAAUGUGUCCAUAGAAUGACACUUGCAGUCGAUCAAGCAGACUCAUCAGAUGAUCCGAACACUUUCCUUUGUUCGAACAAUCAAUAAGUAACUGUAAAAUUAACGGCUGCAUUCAGCAAAAAAAUCUGCCUUGCAACUGUUGUAAAAUUCGUGAAUCUGAUUGGUACAUGCUCUUGGAUUCAGCCAAAAUUAAGAGCAUACCCCAGAUUCACAAAUUUUUCAACAGUUGCAAAGCAGCUUUCUCUGUUGAACACAGCCAAUGUGACAAGCGAACUUGCUUUUUAAUCUAUCUUUUCUCAUGUUACUUUGUCACGUUAAUUUUAUUAUUUACUGAUCGUUAGAAAAGUGUUGGGAAUAUUUUGGAGGUGUGCUUAAUUGAUCACAAGUGUCAUUUUUUGGAUAUAUUUUAUUUCGACGUACUUUGCAGGAAUUUUGGACAUGUAUUUCCUCGUUCCUGACAUCACCAAUCAAUCAUUUCGCGGCGAGAGACCAGAAACCUUAAUCAGCACCUAGCGCGUCCGCAGGGAAGCGCGGCUCUGUGACACACGUGUUACGUCGCGUCUUACUACUGUAAAUGCACUCGAACACUGUUAUACGUAAGCAAUAUGCAAUGCACAAUCGCGUUUGUAAUAUCGCGAGAGCCGUAUGCUGUCCUGACGCGGUUGCAUUUCGGAUACGAAUCCGGCCGCGGAAUAGGCAAAUACUGAGAUAUUGCGAGCGAUUGCAGAACGAUCUCUGAGCGUUAUCUAGAAAGGGGAGAGUGUCGUGAGCGUGGAGCGUCAGGUAGCUUAGUGGUUCACCAAGAAGCAGAACGAUCUCUUAACUUUAUCCCAUUUUCGCACUGACUACCUCAGUGGUUCACCUCGGAGCAGAACGAUCUCUUAACUUUACCCAUUUUCAUGAUCAACCACUUGGAGAUAUCUCUGUCUUCGUACAUCGUUUUCGACUGCUAGACAGUAUUCAAUAUCUUGACGAGAAGCGAGAGACGAGGAGAGUAUCCGUUCGGCGAGAGUGAGAUAUCAUUUCGACUCGAUCUUUUCCGCAUUAAACACGAGAAUUAUACCGCGAGAGGUUUCAUUGUGCUGAGCGAUCUUUCGCGCUCGAUAUUUAUUUAAUACGUUGACUAACUGGCCGAGAGCGAGUUUUCCGUACCUUAUAUGCAGUUUGCGCUAUGGCUCCAUUUUCAUCUGUAAACAUUUAAUUUAUACAAUAAUAAAAUAUUGUGUAAUUAAAA